GCAACUCUAGCUCUGCCGCCAUAAUAGGACUUGUGUAGAUAGAUAAGUAAACGACUCCUCCUUUGAUGAAAUUGAAUAAAUUUCCCCACCUGUUGCAUGCCAAGCUGCAGUCCUAACAUGGUUAUUCCAAUGGCUUAUUCAGCCACGCUUCUUCUCUUCCUCUUCAUUUCCCUGGCACCCAGUAUCUCCAUGGCAAACAUAACAUUGAGCUCAUCACUGACUGCAGCUGCCGAUGAAAAAUCCCAAUGGCCUUCCCCAUCAGGAGAUUUUUCUUUCGGCUUUCGCCAGCUCAACAACACAAACCUUUUCUUGCUCGCCAUAUGGUUCAACAAGAUUCCUGACAGAACUAUUGUUUGGCAAGCAAACGGAGACAACCCUGUGCCAGCGGGAUCAACGGUCGAACUCACCGACUCUGGCCUUGUCUUGAGAGAUCCCCAAGGCCAAACGAAGUGGGACACAAAACCUGCAAAUACAACUGUAUCUUCAGCAUCGAUGUUGGACACAGGAAACUUUGUUCUUGCAGGUAACAAUAAUGAUUAUGUCUGGGAAAGUUUUAAGAAUCUCACAGAUACCAUUUUGCCAACCCAGAUAUUGGAUUUGGGAAACAUGUUGUUUUCAAGGCUAAGUGAAACCAACUACUCCAGGGGAAGGUUUCAGCUCCGUUUCUCUAAUGGAACUCUUGAGCUCAAUCCUAUAGCGUGGCCGUCUGAGUCUCGCUACGAUUCUUAUUACAGCAGCGAAACUAGUACAGAUCCUGCUCAGACUGGUUAUCAGUUGAUCUUCAACAAAUCCGCAGAUAUUUACAUAGUAAAGAAUAAUGGAGAGAUUUCCCAACUUCCUUCAUGGAGUAGUAUUAAUUUGACUGUAGAUUACUACCAUCGAGCAACAUUAGACUUUGAUGGUGUUUUCACACAAUAUGUUCAUCCAAAAAAUUCCAGUUCCACCCAGAUCUGGUCGCCGCUGCGAUCCCUUCCUGAGGACAUAUGUGAUGCUAUAUAUAGUUAUCUUGGCAGUGGUGCUUGUGGCUACAAUAGUUACUGCUCAAUUCAAAAUUCAAAGCCUGCUUGUCACUGCCCACCUGGUUAUAAUUUCAUUGAUCCAAAUAAUAGAUUUUCUGGCUGCAAACCAACGUUUUCAGUAGGUUGCGGAGAAGAAGAUGGAUCAAGAGACCCUGAAGAGCUGUAUGAGAUGACACCGGUUGAUGACGUAAACUGGCCACUGGGUGAUUAUGAAAGGCUGGAACCAUAUAACCAAACACAAUGUGAAACGUCUUGUUUGCAUGAUUGCUCUUGUGCAGUUGCCAUCUACAAUGGUAGAAUCUGUUGGAAGAAACGAUUGCCUCUCUCCAAUGGGAGAUCACCAGAAUCUAUUUUUUCAAGGGUCCUCAUCAAAACAAGAAAGGGAGAUACGCCUUCAGGUUCUUCCGACAAGCCUGGCAAUAAGAAAGAGAGAUCAUUUCUAGUUAAAGAACUUCCUCUAGGAGGCUCCAUCCUUUUUAACAUCUUGUCAGUAGUUGCAAUUGGUGUGAUCUUCUUCAAGAGACAUGAAAGAGAAGUGGUGAUCAAUCAUGUUGGAGAUUCGAGCAUUGUUGAGACAACUUUGCGACUCUUUACGUACAAGGAGCUCGAAGAAGUAACAAAUGGGUUCACGGAAGAGCUCGGAAGGGGAACCUUUGGCAUUGUGUAUAAAGGUGUUCUGAAAAACGGUUCAGAAAAUCUUAUUGCUGUCAAGAAAUUGGACAAGUUGGAUAAAGAAAGGGAAAGCGAAUUCCAGACAGAAAUGCGUGCGAUUAGUAAAACCCAUCACAAAAAUCUUGUCCGAUUGCUAGGAUUCUGUAAUGAAGGGUCUCAUCGAAUACUGAUAUACGAGUUCAUGCCCAACGGCACUUUGGCAAAUUUCCUCUUUUCCAUUCCAAAACCUGAUUGGAAUGCAAGGGUGCAGAUUGCUUUGGGGAUUGCAAGAGGCCUUGUGUACUUACAUGAAGAGUGUGAUGUGCCUAUCAUCCAUUGUGACAUCAAGCCCCAAAACAUACUUCUAGAUGAAUGCUUCACAGCAAGAAUAUCUGACUUUGGAUUGGCAAAAAUGCUGCUCUCCAAUCAAAGUCGAACUCGUACCCUAAUCAGAGGAACAAGAGGUUAUGUAGCUGCUGAAUGGUUCAAGAAUGUGCCAAUAACAGUUAAGGUUGAUGUUUACAGCUUUGGUAUCUUGCUACUAGAGAUCAUAUGUUGCAGAAGAAGUGUGGUGAUGGAGCUGGAGCAGGAGGAAGAAGAGAAAGCAAUACUAGCAGACUGGGCUUACGAAUGCUACGUGGCAGGAAAAUCAGAUGUUUUGGUCGAUAAUGACGAAGUUGCCAUGAGUGAUGUCAGAAGGGUGUACAAGUGGGUGAUGAUUGCCAUCUGGUGCAUUCAAGAGGAACCUUCAAGAAGGCCUACGAUGAAGAUGGUCAUGCAAAUGCUUGAGGAUUUUGUUGAAGUUCCUAAUCCCCCAUGCCCAACUCAAUCUUUUGAGAGUCGGACAUUCUGAGUAAUAUUCUCUCAUGUAGAUGGAUCUAAAAUCUUGAAGUCGAGUCAUUGCCAUGUUCAGCAUGUGUUUAAUAUUAUAGUUUUAAGGAAAUCGAGUGAAUAAUGUAUUCUAGCAUGAACAAGGAAGCUGGUGAUCAGUGAUUUUCAGGUAUCUAGUUAAUAUGCUUAAUCUUUCUCUGCAAUAAUAUUGACCCAAGUACAAGAAAAAAAUCCAAAAGAAUAGAUUGUUUAUUUCCCAUAACCAUAUUUCUAGCUUUUGGGUCUCA